UUGUUUUACGAGGGACCUAGCAGGAGGGUCUUCGAACGACUUCAGUGGCCCCUUGCUGAUGCGCGGAUCCUAUUUGAAGGAAGGAAAGGAAGCAGCUUUUCUCAAAGCCAGAUAGUGAGUGCAGUCUGUUCGGGAACGGCAUAAGGAAUGCCAGCAGCUGUCAGCGAGAUGAUAAUCGACGGUCCCCAGAUUUUAGGGCUGCAAACGCCGGAUUGCUUCAGUACUACAGGUUUUUUCCAAUCACCCAAUGGCUGUAAUCCGACGGAUAUGCUCCGCAACUUUUACUGCACCAAAAAAGUUGGCCAUUAUCUCAUCGGAAAAACCCUUGGGGAAGGCUCAUUCGCCAAAGUACGGGAGGGUCUUCAUGUGAUAACCGACGAAAAGGUGGCCAUCAAGGUGAUAAACAAGCACAAGGUGAGAAAUGAUGAGUAUGUGAUGAAGAACUUGUAUCGGGAGGCCCAGAUCCAGCAGAUGAUCCGGCACCCCAACAUCGCGCAGCUGCUGGACAUCAUGGAGACGGACAAUAACUACUACCUGGUGACGGAGCUGUGCGUAGGGGGCAACCUGCUGAACCGCGUGUACGAGCGCCGGCACCUGGAGGAGCACGAGGUGCAGAAGUACAUCCGGCAGCUCAGCAUGGCCGUGGAGCACCUGCACAGGGCCGGGGUGGUGCACAGAGACCUGAAGAUAGAAAACCUUCUGCUGGAUGAAAAUGACAACAUAAAACUGAUAGAUUUUGGGCUGAGUAACUGUGCAGGGCUCUUGGGCUAUACGGACCCGUUCAGCACACAGUGUGGAAGUCCUGCCUACGCUGCCCCUGAACUCCUGAACCGGCAAAACUACGGACCUAAAGUAGAUGUCUGGUCCAUAGGGGUGAACAUGUACGCCAUGUUGACGGGGACCCUGCCCUUCACUGUGGAGCCCUUCAGUCUGACUUUACUGCACGACAGGAUGGUGAACAAAGAGAUGAAUCCCCUGCCCCCUUACAUAUCCCCUGGCGCUGUAAUGCUCCUGAGGAACCUUCUGGAACCAGACCCGGUAAAGCGGCCAGCUAUCCGGCAGGUGGCGAACACACCGUGGCUGCAUGACGGCCAGGUCCCCAUGAACCUAUCGUUCCUGAACAGGCUCCACAACAAGGACAUAAACCAUGUGGUGGUCCAGCACAUGACGGAGAAAAUGGGCUACAAGUACAGCGACGUCCUGAGCAACAUCAACAACAACCGGGCCUGCAGCUCCCUGGCCACCUACUUCCUGCUCAACAAGAAGAUGGAGCGCCUCCUCAAGGUCAACGUGGAACCCGCGGAGAAAGAGGUGAAGCCCCCGCAGCCCCUACAGGAGUCUGCCUACCUGGCCGGAGGGAGGAGCCAGGCCAGGGACUCUGUGCUGACCCCAGGUCUGCUCCGCCCAGUUGGUUGGGACUGUGUUCGGUACCACGGAGGAACUGUGCCCUCCCCUUCAGGGGCAUACCUGGAGAUAAAUCAUUUUAUGCCCCUCAUGCCUCUGCCAGACCUCAGACACCACAGACGCCUUGAAGCCCAGAAGCUAUUGGCCAGAGGACCAGUGCAGGGCGGGCUGGGCUUCUCCACAAGUUCCCGAGUCAUGGGAGUACCCACAUAUUCUCCUGUUAUAGGAGUCUCUACGAGUUCCCGAGUCAUGGGAGUCCCUACGAGUUCCCGAGUCAUGGGUGUCCCUAUGAGUUCCAGAGUCACGGGUGUCCCCACAUAUUCUCCUGUUACAGGAGUCCCUACAAUUUCCCAAGUCAUGGGAUUACCCACAAGUUCUCGAAUCAUGGGAGUCUCUACAGGUUCUCGAGUCAUGGGCUUCUCCACAAGUUCCAGAAUCAUGGGAGUCCCCACAAGUUCUCAAUUCAUGGGUGCCCCCACACAUUCCAGAAUCAUGGGAGUCCCCACAAGUUCUCAAUUCGUGGGUGCCCCCACAUAUUCCAGAAUCAUGGGAGUCCCCACAAGUUCUCAAUUCGUGGGUGCCCCCACACGUUCCAGAAUCAUGGGAGUCCCCACAAGUUCUCAAUUUGUGGGUGCCCCCACACGUUCCAGAAUCAUGGGAGUCCCCACAAGUUCUCAAUUUGUGGGUGCCCCCACAAGUUCCAGAAUCAUGGGAGUCCCCACAAGUUCUCGAGUCAUGGGGUACUCUUGGAACACAGGUUUCCAAGAGAUGAACAGCAGGCAGAAGCCAACGCCUCCCUGGCUCAGGUUGACCAAUGGUCCCCUUCCCCACCUCACCCACCUCCAGAGGAAUGCCCCUACCCCCAGAAUCACCCCGACCCCUAGACCCAGCGCCCCAACCCCUGCCCUGACAAACCUCGGGGUCCAAGCCAGGCUGAGGUUGGCCAAGAUGGACCGCCAACAGGACGCCAAAUUCCCAGCCAUGGGCAUCGCUCAGAUACUGAGGAGGCCGACGCCCUCCCCCACCUUCCCCGACUAUCGCAUGCAGACACUGCGCUACCCUGGGGGAAACCCCCGGACCAUCUACUGAUGCAUUCUGGGAAAACAUAUUUCACCCCCUCAGCUUCAUGUUGUUGUGCUGAUCCCUGGAGCAGGCCUUGGCUUUUUCUUUUCCAUGAGGAAUUUCAAUCCAUGCGAAGCAAAGGGCUUUCACCAUGAUAGCAAUAUGUCCCUGUGGGAGGUAAUGUUGACCUAAAUGUCUACACAUCAGUGUAUGAUGCCUUACCAAUUCGAAGGAGGCAGUUCACAUGCCUGGAUAUUGGUUCUUAUUUCACAUUUCAUCAUCCCUGUACAAUAAAUGGAUGAUGCCACAUCUAGGGAACCAUUUGUGAGCCAAAUGGCAUGGGAAACAGUAAAGAAUUUAAGAGAAUGGGAUGCUUCUGGUAUCAGUUUUGAUCUGCAGAGCUUUUUCAUUUUCAUGUUCUGUCUCAAAGCACAUCACUAGCUAUUCAGUAGAUUUCUUUCUUUUUUAAGAACUCAUAGUGUGUGUAUGUGUGUGUGUGAAUGUAUGUGUGUGUGUAUAUAUAUACACAUAUAUACAUACAUACACACAUAUAUAUACACAUAUAUACACACACACACACACACACACACACACACACACACACACACAUAUAUAUAUAUAUAUAUAUAUAUAUAUAUAUAUGUGUGUGUGUGUAUAUAUAACCACUAUAACUUUAGAAAAUAUUGACUACCUUUCCAUAACAUGAAGUAUCAGCUUUGGUGUCCUCAGAAAAAUAGUUUUUGAGGACAGCAAAGCAGUCACAGUUUUGCUCAGACCAGGGUUGGGCAAAGAGGGGUGGAUCCACAUUAAAUUUGCCAAUUCAUGAGCUAUAGCUGCAUAUAUUGCAUGGGUAUGUUUUGUGAAAGCAUUUUACUGUGAUCCAUUAUAACACAAGGAAUAGAGAUACACAGCCCUGACUCAACCCAUCAAGGUGACAGGCAUUUCAAGGUUUAUUUUUAUUUUUAUUUCAACAAACUCCUAUAUUUUGUUAUAAGUGUGGAUUUUUAUAAGGUGAGGGGUAAGUGAACUAUAGCCAUUAGCAUUAGCCUUUAUGUACAUAUCACAAACCAAUUAUUUCUGCAAUGUCAACUAGAUAAAAAGGAAGCGCUCUGGAACUUAGGUUUUUUUUGUAUGGGUAUAAUGGGUACAAUGCUCUUUUUUUUUUUUCAGUACAAUGCUCUUUUUUUUCAAUGCUCUUUUUUUUUCUUUUUUUAAAGAAAUGUGGAUGGAGAUUCUAUUCAAAUAAUCCAUGCAAAAAUCAAACCCAAAGCCACUGUAUUUUAGGAACUCACCAGACCAAGAACAGUUUGAACUUGUCAUGUUAACUGCUUGUGCAAAAAUGUUACUUGGCAAGUAUGAAAUGACAUUUGUUUUAUUACCAUGUUGAAAGAAUGGCGAUUCCCUGUAGGCAAUGUACGCUGUAUGAAGACCCUGUGAAAAAGGAUCUUGUUUCAAAAACACAACUGUUCUCCGGUAGACAAUAGACAGAAAUGCAACAUUUUGAUAUUGAAUUUGGUUUAGGUAUUGUAAUACAAUAUAGUCUCUGAGCACUCUCCAUAUUGUUCCCCAUGGCAUCCAAUUCCCUGUAUGUUUAGCACAAAGAAUGAAAUUCUCAAAGGAAAUGUCUUCAGAGUAUGACUGUUUAUCGACCUUGAAGCUGCUUCUUUGUUUGUCAGAUGAGUUUUUCACUUUCUAAAUGGCUUUUUACAAACUGUCCGAAUGGCUUUUUACAUAGACUGUGUUUGGGAUACUCUAUUGAAAGUAGUAUGGAAACCCAUGCCUUUUAGGAAGGGUUUUGUAAUGUAGCGCUUU